GCCAGGAAGGUGCGUCAAGCGACGGCGUUCCGUAGGCCCUGGAUUGAGGCAAGAUGGCGGGUUUGCGGUGAGCAGCUGUCAAGGGAUGAAAAUUGUUUCUGGAUUCACCAUGGCACUCACAGCAGUAAAAUGGGCAACAUCAAGCAGAACUAUCAUGAAACAUUUGCUUCCAAGUCAAAACGGAGCUUUGUAUUAUGUUUGUCAUCAUAAAUCUACGUUUUCUUCUCUCCCAGAUGACUAUAAUUGCAAAGUUGAGCUUGCUUUGACAUCUGAUGGGAGGACGAUAGUAUGCUACCACCCUUCUGUGGACAUUCCGUAUGAACACACAAAGCCUAUUCCUCGACCAGAUCCUGUGCAAAAUAAUGAAGAAACACAUGAUCAAGUCCUAAAAACCAAAUUGCAAGAAAAAAGUGAAUAUAUUGAACAAGGACCUAUGAUAGAACAACUUAGCAAAAUGUUUUUUACUACCAAGCACCGUUGGUACCCUCACGGACAGUAUCGUAGACGUCGCAAGAAACUGGAUCCUCCAAAAGACAGAUGAAAUUGAAGAAUCAGAGAGAAAUGUUAUUCUCUGUCUCGUUUGCCAUUUGAGAAAAUAUAGUCUGGUAUAUUCACUAUUAUGUUAUAUAGUAAAAAAGUAAUAAAGUGUCUUCAUAUAAGAA